GUUUUCGAAAAUUGGGACCCUCUUGAUAUUAAUCAACGGGCAAUCGUCUCCAAUACUAAUUCUUUAAAUGAGCUACAAGAAGUUGUGGAUGAUGAUACACGUUUAUCUUAUAAAGCUUUUGCUCCAACGAAGUCAGUGCAGGCAUUAAAAAAAGCAGUAUAUAGAUUGUAUUGCUAUGAGGACUUUACUAUCAACGGCAAGCUUGGAAAUGGUUACUUCGCCACGGUUUGGCUGGUAACUUUGGAUCCGUUUUUAAACAUUAUAGUUUUAUCUGCCUUUUUGGGCCUUAAAAUAAUGUACGGCACUUGCAUUAUCGGAGGGCGUCUCGCCUGUCUUACUGAGUUCUACGUUUUCUUAUUAUUUUGA